AUGUCAAACAUUGCCGCUCCAAGGUCCCUCGGGGGAUCUCCUCUGCCCUCGGCGGUGGCAGCUCGCCUUGCGGUCAAAGACAAUAUUGCGACGCAGGGUCUACCGACGACGUGCGCUUCGAAUAUCCUCGCGGCCCAGGAAAUUCCCUUUACUGCGACGGUCGUUCAGCAGUUGCAGCGCCAUGGAUUGACUGUCGCGGGAAAGACGAACAUGGACGAGUUCGGCAUGGGUACACACUCAACAGCGUCCGCCCACGGCCCCGUGUCGAACGUGUCGCAACUCGAGGGAAGAUCUGCCGGUGGCAGCUCGGGAGGGAGUGCUGUUGCGGUGAGAGCCGGAACAACCAAUCUCGCGCUUGGCACGGACACAGGCGGCUCUGUUCGCAUGCCUGCCGCCUAUACGAACACGGUCGGAUUCAAGCCGUCGUACGGCAUGGUAUCUAGAUGGGGCGUUGUGCCAUAUGCGAACUCGCUGGACACGGUCGGCUUUAUUGCACGGACGGUCGACGAGAUUCAAUCCGUCAUCAGGUCCCUCCGUGACGAGCACGAUCCUAGAGAUCCCACGUCUCUGUCGAAAGCUACUCGCGAGAGAUGCACGGCGCAAGGGAGGCGCGUCCCACAGGAUCUGGCAUCCUACACGGGAAACUGGCUGAAGGGCCUCACCUUUGGCAUCCCGAUCGAGUACAACAUCGAGGAGCUCGACCCCAGAAUCAAGCACGGCUGGAUGCAAGCUGCCGAGAAGAUCCAACAGCUGGGUGGACGGGUUGUUCGCGUGUCAUUGCCUUCCACCAAGAAUGCUCUUGCAGCGUAUUAUGUCAUCGCCCCGGCUGAGGCUGCAUCCAACCUGUCAAAGUACGACGGGAUACGUUAUGGCAAACGAGCCGAAGAUGCUACCAGUGAUGCCCUGGAUGGUGUUCUAUAUGCCAAGACCAGAGGAACUGGUUUCGGACCCGAAGUCAAGCGCCGCAUACUCCUUGGUUCAUACACGUUGAGUUCCAAAGCCAUCGAUAACUAUUUCAUUCAGGCCCAGAAGGUACGGCAGCUAGUGCGGCAGGAUUUCGACCGGGUCUUCAAGCUUCCCAAUCCGUUAUAUGAUGAAGCACCGUUCGACCUGAGCGAAAUGGACGAGUCGAUUAGCCUGGAGAACAAACUCGGCCCUACACAAGUAGACUUUAUUAUCUGCCCAACCGCCCCCACGCCACCACCAAAACUAGACGACGUGGCUAAGCAGACGCCACUGGAUUCCUAUAUGAACGAUGUUUUCACGGUGCCAGCAAGUCUUGCGGGACUGCCUGCCAUCAGCAUACCCAUGGAUAUUCCUGUCAAAGAAAGCUGUGCCGAGGAGGCUGGCUUGGACUUCGGUGGCUUACAGAUCAUUGGACAGUACUGGGAUGAUGCGAUGUUGCUCGCUGUAUCAAACGGUAUCAGCCGAGAAAUAUCUUCAGAGACGGCGAAGCAUUAUAGUGCUUGA